AUGAAGAAGACGGAUGAGAAUCAGUUCUUGUAUGUAUUUAUAGCUCUCCGUGCAUUCAUUAAAGGAUUUGAUCAUUGUAGACCUGUCGUAGUUGUUAAUGGUAGUCAUCUGAGAGGAAUGUAUACUGGGACAUUUGUAACUGCAUGUACGAUGGAUGGAGCAGUUGAUAUUAGGGUGAAGAAAUAUUUGGAAUUGACUGGUUACGAUAAGUGGGUCAGGUCAUAUGCAACAAUUCAUCGAGGAUGGACUAUGACUUUAAACAUUGCGGAGUCAAUAAAUGAAGUACUUGUAUCAGCUAGAGAAUUGUCAGUUUAUGAUUUUCUUGAGGAAGUUCGAUUGCUGAUGUACCAGCCACAGAAUAUGUGUACACAGUGCUCGACAAACAAAAGCACUUCAUCAUUUGCCUCAAGGAAAGAACAUGCUCAUUCAAAAACUGGGUUGAGGACAUAUAAUGUUUCAAUCUAUCCUUUACCAUACAAAGAUGACUGGAUAAUUUCAACUAGCAUACUUGGUGAAAUAGUACUGCUUCCGAAGUGCAAACGCCCUCCAGGAAGACCUGCCAAGAAGGAUCGUGGAAAAUCGAGACGGUAUAUGUUUGGAAAGAAGAACAUCAACUCAUGCAGUGGUUGUGAGGCUAAGGGUCACAAUAGGCGUUCUUGUAGGAAAUGUCGAAAAUGA